AUGAAGGUGAUCAUCAUCGGCGCCGAAGUCGACGGACUCAUCUGUGCGAUCGCUUGCCAGCGGGAGCAAUUAGACGUACUUGUUCUCGAACAAGAGUCGGAGAUCGAGGUCAAUGCCGGUAUCCAGAUCCCUCCCAACGGAGCCCGAAUCCUGCACCAACUGGGUCUUCUGGAGGCUGUGACUCGCAAGGGGACCAGUACAGAAUAUCUGGAUCUAAGACGCUUUGACAAUGGCGCGUUGAUUCGGUCGAUGCCGUGGGGGGAACCGGUGCGCCAGGCUUACGGGAGACCAUGGCUUAAUAUUACACGGGCGGACUUUCUCGACAUCCUACUCGACAAAGCGCGACAAUUAGAGAUAGACAUCCGGCAUCAUGCCGUCGUGGAGGAGAUUCAUUGCGGCAGCGCCGAGGUGGUUCUGAAGGAUGGAGCUCGGAUUCAGGGAGAUGUGGUGGUUGGAGCCGAUGGGAUCUACUCCAAAACUCGCGACACAGUCUUAAACCAUCCAUGCCCGCCCAGCCCAGCCAGCGACAUCGCCUACCAAGCCACCAUCUCCCGAUCGGCGCUGAAAGCCCUCAACGACGGCCAACUCGACGAGCUCUGCUCCAAGACCAAGAUCACCACCUGGCUAGGCUCCGCGCAGCAUACCGUCUUCUUCCCCGUCCAGCAGGGAGAGGAGUAUAUGCUUGUCACCUACCACACGCACAGCACUCCUCCACCACCACCACCACCACCACCACCAGCAGCCAGACAAUCAACCAUCUUGUCGGCAGACGGUCUCUCCCAGAUGCAAGCACUGCAUCAAGGCUGGGACAUCCGCCUCCAAACCAUCCUGGCGCACGCGACCUUCUCCUCCCAAACCACCCAGCACACCCUCCAUGCCCUCCCGACCUGGACCAAUGCCCGACUCAUCCUCCUCGGCACCGCCAGCCGCAUUAUCCCGCCCUAUCAAGCCCAAGACCUGGCCGCCACCCUCGAAGACGCCGCCGUGCUCAGCACGCUUCUCGGCCUCCUCGCCCACCAUAACCCAGAACCCCACCAGCUGCCGCGCCUGCUGCCGGAGAUCCUCGCCCUCCACGAGACCCUCCGCAAGCCGGCCGCCGUCCAGGCCGGCCAGGCCGGCCUACUCAGCCGCCGCGUGCUCCAGGUCGGCAACCCGGUCGGCCAGGCCCUCCGCAACUGGUUCCUCGGCGGGGCGGGCAUCACGCGCGACACGGACGCCGGGUGGUUGAAGCUGACGCUGGUCUCGGCGCAGCAGGAGCCAAGGCUAGGGGGUGGUCUCCUCGGCGAGACGAGGGCGCGGUUCGAGGCGUGGAGGCAGGAGCGGCUGCCGCUGCUGGCGGCGGAGGAGUCGCGGUCCAGGUCGAGGUCGACGGCAGGAUACGGCAUUGGACGGAAGCGGUUGCGGUGUUGGACGUAUUGA